CCACCACCACCACCACCACCACCACCACCCCCUGCUCCCCCGUCACGAACUGAACAUGGCCCAUAGCGCGAGCGCCGCGGCCGCCGCCAGCUCCAACAGCGCCAAGAGCGGCGGCUCCGAGGCGGCUCUCAAGGAGGGUGCAAGCGCCGCGGCGCUGUCCUCCUCCUCCUCCUCCUCCUCCUCCGCGGCGGCCUCUUCCUCCUCGGCGGGCCCGGGCUCGGCCAUGGAGACGGGGCUGCUCCCCAACCACAAACUGAAAGCCGUUGGCGAGGCCCCCGCCGCACCGCCCCACCAGCAGCACCAUCACCACCACCAUGCCCACCACCACCACCACCACCACCAUGCCCACCACCUCCACCAUCACCACCACGCACUACAGCAGCAGCUAAACCAGUUCCAGCAGCAGCAGCAGCAGCAGCAGCAACAACAACAACAACAUCCCAUUUCCACCAACAGCCUGGGUGGCGCGGGCGGCGGCGCGCCCCAGCCCGGCCCCGACAUGGAGCAGCCGCAACAUGGAGGCGCCAAGGACAGUGCCGCCGGCAGCCAGGCCGACCCCCCGGGCCAGUCUCUGCUGAGCAAGCCGGGCGACGAGGACGACGCGCCGCCCAAGAUGGGGGAGCCGGCAGGCGGCCGCUACGAGCACCCGGGCCUGGGCGCGCAGCAGCAGCAGCAGCAGCAGCAGCCGCAGGUCACCGUGCCCGGGGGCGGCGGCGGCGGCGGCGGCGGCGGCGGCCCGGCGGCCGUCUCGGAGUUUAAUAAUUACUAUGGCAGCGCUGCCCCAGCUAGCGGCGGCCCCGGCGGCCGCGCUGGGCCUUGCUUUGAUCAACAUGGCGGACAACAAAGCCCCGGGAUGGGGAUGAUGCACUCCGCCUCAGCCGCCGCCGGGGCAGCCAGCAGCAUGGACCCCCUGCAGAACUCCCACGAAGGGUACCCCAACAGCCAGUACCACCAUUAUCCGGGCUACAGCCGGCCCGGCGCGGGCGGCGGCGGCGGCGGCGGCGGCGGCGGAGGAGGAGGAGGCAGCGGAGGAGGAGGAGGAGGAGGAGGAGCAGGAGCGGGAGCUGUGGCGGCGGCGGCCGCGGCGGCGGCGGCAGCAGCAGCAGGAGGCGGCGGCGGCUAUGGGGGCUCGUCCUCGGGGUACGGGGUGCUGAGCUCCCCCCGGCAGCAGGGCGGCGGCAUGAUGAUGGGCCCCGGGGGCGGCGGGGCCGCGAGCCUCAGCAAGGCGGCCGCCGGUGCGGCGGCGGCGGCGGCGGCGGCGGCGGGAGGCUUCCAGCGCUUCGCCGGGCAGAACCAGCACCCGUCGGGGGCCACCCCGACCCUCAACCAGCUGCUCACCUCGCCCAGCCCCAUGAUGCGGAGCUACGGCGGCAGCUACCCCGACUACAGCAGCCCCAGCGCGCCGCCGCCGCCGCCGCCGUCGCAGCCCCAGUCCCAGGCGGCGGCAGCGGGGGCGGCGGCGGGCGGCCAGCAGGCGGCCGCGGGCAUGGGCUUGGGCAAGGACCUGGGUGCCCAGUACGCCGCUGCCAGCCCGUCAUGGGCGGCCGCGCAACAAAGGAGUCACCCGGCCAUGAGCCCUGGCACCCCCGGACCGACCAUGGGCAGAUCCCAGGGUAGUCCAAUGGAUCCAAUGGUGAUGAAGAGACCGCAGUUGUAUGGGAUGGGUAGUAACCCCCACUCCCAGCAGCAGCAGAGCAGUCCGUAUCCAGGAGGCUCCUAUGGCCCCCCAGGAACACAGCGGUACCCCCUCGGCAUGCAGGGCCGGGCCCCGGGAGCCCUGGGAGGCAUGCAGUACCCGCAGCAGCAGGUGGGGGCUAGUUUUUCUCCUUGCCUUCCUUUUUUGCUCUUUAUCUUUUACUGUCUAUCUAGGAUUGGUGUUAAAAGAAUUAGGGGCCAUUUCUGUGAUUUUCUGCUUAAAUUUUUAUUCUUUGUUUUAAAGUUGGCAAGUUGAACUUUUUAUAACAAAGUAGAAAACACCUGUUUGGUAGAAGACCAGUACAGUAGUGCUGGCUGUAUUUGCAAGACGGACCAUGUCAUGAUUUUGCAGGAAAUUAUAUAGAUGUAAGCUCUGAAGUGAAUGUAGCAUUCUCACAUGUUUGAGGUCAGAUUCUGAAUUGGGAAUAGACUAUCUUUAGGUGAAUUUUUGAGUCAUUCAGUGGUCUUUUCUGUGAAGGUAGCAUCAACUUAAAUUCAUUUUAAGUCUCUCAAAGAGUUACUUUGCUUUUAUUUAUUAACAAGCUAUUUCUUUUGUACCUUUGGAAAAGGUUUCUGUAUUUCACAUGAGAAUAUGAUCUGUCAUCUUAGAUCUUAGUGAGUUUGUGUUUUUAUUAAAUAACAGAGACUUGUCCUGCUCUUAAACAAAAGACCUGAUGUUUUUCUCCUUUUCAGAAUUAAGUGAAGUUACUGUACAGGAACGUGCUUGUAGUAGUAUAAGCCUAUAGUCUUCGAUACUCCAGAGUUUGCCCUUGUUAGGUUGGCUUGAGGAAGCAUUAACUUUGGAAAAAGACUAAAUUAGAUUCAGACUUGUCAGGGUAUUUAGUUAAUAAGAACACCAAAAAGGCUUACUUAUGCAUUGCUGCACCUGUGCCUGAUGCCCCCAGGGAGUGUGUUGGGCUGAUGCUGGUGUGCCUUUUAUUGCCUCCAGACGAGGGCAGUCUAUAAUGCUUCCCAGUAACCCAUUCCAGGGGUUAACAGACUUCCUCAGGAAAUUUUUCUCUGAAUUUGACCAAAACUCUUUCGUGGGAAAAAAAAGUGGGACUGACUUUUCUCUUGAAAGAGAUAUGGAAAACAAUUUAUGGAUUUAUCAUAGUUUAUGUGAUACACAGCUGCGUGCCAAGAGUUCUUUAUUAACUUGCCUCUGAGUCUUUUAUAGUUUGAGUAUUGUCUUUCCCCUUUAUGUUAAGGGAGUUCUGGGGAAAGAUAGAAGGAGCUCAGCCUUUAAAUCUUAGCAGUUGUUUCCUUAAAACAGGUUAGAGGUCUCACCCUGCGUUUGUUAAGAUUGGCUGCUCCAAAAGCUCACAGUCAGUUGCAUACUUCAUUUGACUCUUUAACUUCCCUCACAUUUCUCCUUUCUUCAGUGAUACUUUGCUUUCUAGAGUAAAAAUCUUUGCUGGGGCUGCUGGUUGAGAGAGGGAGAUAAUUUGUAAAUGAUGACAGCAAAGUUUCUGUCUCACUUUGCACCUCUCUCUGUCUCUCCCUGCCAACGACUUUUUUUAUUUUAGAGCUACUUUGCCCUUAAGGAGGGGAAGAAGUCCCAGGAAGCCAGAAGGUAAAGUCCUCCUUGCACUCUGCGAGUUGAUUUGAUUUGGGGCAAACAGUUCUGCCUGCUACUCUGGCUACAGAAAAGAGGUAGAAAGGUAGUAAGAACUAGCAGGGCUAGUGGAGAGAAGCGAGUUCUCACUACCUCUGUUUCCCUGCCUUCUUUUCUACCAUGUUUCUCUUAGGUGAGAUUGCAAAGCCAUUUUCAAAGGGUGCUCUUUAUCACUAGAACUGGACACUCCUUUAUCUGCUCUCUAAGUGAGAAGUGCUUUUAACUUCUUGCUAGAAGUUUGAGAGAUUGGCCAGAGUUUGCAAAACCAAACUGGGAGGCAAACAAAUGGAGAGUGUGUGAAGAGUGGUUAUCUGGGAAAAUUCACUAUUUUCUUUUCCAAAUGUGUGAGGAUAAAAGUAGAGGGUAUACACAAAUCUAUAAUCUCAAUUUUCUUAGCUUCUUGGUUUUAUUUAAUCCUGGUGACUCUUACAUACUUUUAAAAUUUGAUAACUCAUAGAUGUGUUGAAGGGACAAAUUGGUGAAGAUUGUCCAUUAAUUAUUUUAGCAAAUUGUCAAUAAAGACUUCAGAUCAGGUAUUUUACUGCUAACCAAAAAGAAAUGCCCAGUUCUAAAUGCACAGAUCUUUCUCAUAAUGGAAGAAAAAUAGUAUGGCCAGAAACUGAAUAUCCUGACUGCAGAAAUGUCAAGUUUCCAUAUUUAGUAAAUCAUAAUCAAGGUCUAAAUAAUCUGCUUUUUUAUCCUUUCAUUUAGUUAUA